UAAUGUAAAUCAAAUAUCAAGCAAUCAUUCUUGGAGGUGGAUAAAAAGCAGGAAGCAUGUUAUUCCCACUUUGUUAAAGUUAUUCUAAAAGUCUCUUACCUGUUUGCAAUAAACCUAUGAUUCUUUACUAAUUAGAUGUAUUAGAAAUAGCUGGAUUUGGGCCACAAGACAUUUUAAUUUUGUUAACUAAAGAUCAUUAAGCUGUGGCUGAUUUAGUUUAGAGAAGAGCAGAAAUAUUUUAUGUUAGUGAUGAUUCUGACUCUGGAUCUGCAUUAUUGGAAGCACAUGAAAAAAUAAAAAAAGAUUUCAUACUUUUAUCUUGUGAUAGUAUGAUAGGAGCGAAUAUUUUAGAUUUAUUAGAUUUUCAUUAUUCAAAAAAAGCAACAAUCACUUGUUUAAUUAAAGAAGAAGAUUUAGAUAAAAAAUAAGGAAGAGCACCUAUUUCAUGUAAUUUAGAUGAAUCGUAUGAUAUUAUGUUUAUUGGCUCAGAUCAUAGUUUAUUACAUAUAACUAAUUAAGAAGAUGAUGAUCAAGCUAAUCUUUCAAUUAGUCGAAAUGUUUUAUUAAGUUGUGAGAGUGUGUAAAUUAUGACAAAUUUAUUUGAUACACACAUUUAUGUUUGUUAAUAUGAAGUAUUAGAAUUAUUUCAAAAACUUAGUAAAUUAGAAAAUGAAAUUUAAAAUUGGAAAUUAGAAUUUCUACCUUAUAUUGUAAAACAUUAAAAAAAUGUGAAUUUACUAAAUUUAUUAUCUAAAUAGGAAUAAGGACUCUUUCAUGAAAGAAAAUAAUAAUAAUUUUCAAUUAAAGUAUUCAUAACUUAAGAAUAUGCUAGAAGAUUAAAUAAUAUUAAAGAUUACUAAUAAGCAAAUUAUGAAAGUAUGAUUAAAGGGAAUAAAGGAAUAUAACUUUAUUAAGGAGUUCAGGAUUCUCAAAUCUAAAUUUAAUAUCCAUAAGAUGCUCGUAUUAGUCCUGAUUCAAUUAUUGGAGAAGGUACUAGAAUUGGCAAUAAGGUUAAUAUAUAGAGAUCAAUUAUUGGUAAAAAUUGUACUAUUGGUGAUCAUGUAAAAAUUAGUAAUUCCAUUAUUAUGAAAAAUGUAGUCAUUAAUUCUAAGUAAAUAUUAUUAUCACAUUUAAAAUAGCUGCAUUAUCUAACAUUGUAUAUUAUCUAAUGAAUCUGCUGUUGGACAUACAACAGAAUUAAAUAAAUGUAAUUUAGGAAAUCUAGCAUCAGUUGAACCUAAUUAGAAAAUAGUUGAUGAAUGUAUAAUUUGA